UGAAAGCGAUAGAACGCAUAAUCUGUGCUUUUAGUUACUGUUUCCCGUUGCUUACAAACAGAAGUCUUAUUCCAAACUUCAACCAAUUGGUUCUACAAUGAAAUUUCCAAAAAUCAGAUCAGUUAAGUUUCGACUGGUUGUGAUUGCAUCACUCCUGGUAGCAUCAGCCUUAAUAGCUCUAGUAGUUGGAUUAGUCCUCAGACGGCAGUAUAUCAAGAAACCAGCAGUUGAAGGCUACAGCCAAGCCGCUAUAUCAACAGAUGCAGCCCAGUGUGCACCAGUUGGAAAGUCAAUUCUCAAGAAAAAUGGAUCUGUAGUGGACGCUGCAAUAGCCACUUUGCUAUGUAUGGGAGUUGUAAUUCCUCAAAGCAUGGGACUUGGAGGCGGGUUUCUCAUGUUGAUAUACCGAAGAAAUGAAAAAGCUGCAUAUGUUUUAAACGCCCGUGAAGUGGCGCCACAAGCUGCUACCGAAAAUAUGUUUCAGGGAGUGUCUGAACUGUCACAAACUGGUGGAUUAUCAAUAGGUGUACCUGGAGAAUUAGCUGGUUAUGCAGCCGCUUGGACAAAAUAUGGAAAAUUACGUUGGUCCGAACUAUUUCAGCCUGCCAUACACAUUUGUGAGAAAGGAUUUUUAGUAGGAAGACAUCUUGCUAAUGCUCUUUACUUGAAUAAAGACAUAAUAGAAAAUGAUAAUAGUUUACGCGGUUUACAAACACAAUCCCAUGAUAAUCUAACAUUCUAUGGUGUUCCUCCACCUGGAAGUGGAGCUUUACUCAGCUAUAUGAUUAACACCUUGGAUGAGUAUGGAUUUAAUGAAACAAGCUUCUCAACUAAUAAUAAAAAAGUACAAAACUAUCAUCGAAUGAUUGAAGCUUUUAAGUAUGCUUAUGCUAAACGAACAGAGCUUGAGGAUCCAGGAGUUGAUGCAUCCUCAUCUCAGUAUGAACGCAUUAGUAAGCUUGUGCAGGAACUCGCGUCUAAGGAAUUUGCUAAAGAAACUAAAAAUAAUAUUUAUGACAACCAAACAUUUGAUCCAAGUCAUUACGGAGUAGAACCGUUUAUCCAAGCAGAUUGGGGCACCUCUCACCUUUCCAUAGUUGCUCCUAAUGGCGAUGCUGUUGCUGUGUCCAGUACCAUCAAUUCUUACUUUGGGAGUAAGAAAGCUUCCAUAUCAACUGGAAUUGUUUUCAACAACGAAAUGGAUGACUUCAGUUCUCCUAACAUUACCAAUGCAUAUGGCAUUGUGCCAUCAAAGUACAACAAGAUAUCCCCUGGAAAACGUCCUUUUUCUUCAAUGUCUCCGACAAUAGUGGUUGAUGGCAAUGGAAACAUCAGGCUCGUGAUAGGCGGAACAGGGGGCACCAAAAUUACAACAGCAACUACACUAGUCAGCAUCCUAAACUUGCGGGCAGGGUUGAGUAUCAAGAAUGCCAUCGAUAGCCCACGUAUCCACCAUCAACUGAUUCCGAACACUAUUAUGUACGAACCUAACUUUCCUGAGGAACUAUUGGAAGGACUAAAGAGAAAGGGACACAACGUUACAGAGAUUUCUGGGCGUAGCUCGUUCAUUAUGGGAAUUGCCCGUAAAAAAAGUGGAACGUUGUACGCUAAUGCCGAUUAUAGAAAAGGAGGUGCGUCAGAUGGCUUCUAGAGCAAGUUUAAUUAUCUUUGUUCUUGGGGCAUAUAAUAUUUCCAUUUGAGUUGUUUUUAAGAAUUUGGAAAUGAACACUCAGAAUAAGAAUACUAAAAUAUUUAUAUAUAUAAUUGUGCUCUAAGAGGUUCAUUAGAAUAAAAGUAACGGUCUUUCAUAUAUAUGUAAAUGAAAAUAUUUUUCAAACAAACACACACCUCUUAGUGUUCAUAAAAUGGAAAUUCACACCCUUAAAGUUGUAAUAAAUAUAAGUUCACACUUCUGCUAUGCAUUUGAAAGUGUUCAUUUAUAAAAAGAACGGAAAGUCAUGAAAAUGGUAUGUGAAAAUUGAAAAUAAAAACUGUAAACAGGAUCACUUACAUUUAGAUAAUUUUAUGAGUACAAUAAAGUUUUAUGAACAUACUCUUAGAAGACAUUAUAGAUUUACAAGUAAGUUUACUAGUAUGAAGUAGGGCUUCUUAAAAAUAUUAAUAUUUAUUAUUUCAUCAUUUUACUGUUGGCGUAAAAUUGUCUUUUCCAACGAAGGGUGCCAAUUCAUACUUUUUGGGGUAUAACUCUCUGUAUCAGUACUUCACACUCACAAAAGUGUAAACCCACAGUUUUUUAAGAGUGUAAAAACUGGUCAUUGUUAAUUGUGUUGACUAUAUUGUUCUGAAAUGUAUCUCUUUCAUUUUGAACAACGAUUAUGAUAUACUAUGAUGCAAAUUUUCCUGCAAGUGUUUCUAAAAAAAUAAAGGCAUGCGAUUAGGUUAUUAAUGUUGCUGGACUAAGAAAGCUCUUAAUAAUCCGCCAAUAUCUUGCAAGUUGCAUAAGAAAUGUGUAAGAAAGUGUAAUGAUUAAUAUUGUGGUCACUAUGUUGAAAGAAUAUUUUAAUAAACUGAGAAACAAUUCUAAUGUUAUGGUUAUUGUGAUGAUAUAGUACUUGAUUUGACCUAUGAUUAUGAUGUUAUUACAAUCUUUAAAUGUAUUUCCAGUAUUCAGUACACUGUACUUGCGGAACAUUAAGCUGAUCAAUGAUUUUGACAUUAAAAUCAUUUUGAAUUUAUU